AUGGGGGACUUUAAUGAUCUGCUCACUGAUGAUGAUAAACGCGGCACCCAUGCACAUCCUCCAUGGUUGCUACACGGUUUUCGUUCUGCUGUCACAGACGCCAAUCUGAUCGACCUACCCUUGGAGGGUUACAAGUACACAUGGGUCAAAAGCAAAGGAACGCCACUCCAAAUAGAGGAGAGACUGGACCGAGCUAUGUCUACAAGUUCUUGGUUGGACAUCUUCCCCCACUGUAGGCUCCUCAAUGUGGUGGCGGCCAGGUCAGAUCACUCCCCUCUCCUUCUCAAUCUCUCGGGGCAAAGAUACACACGCCCAAAACGUGCUUUCAGGUUUGAAAAUGCAUGGCUGAAAGAGCCAACGUUAACACCACUAGUGACGCGCAAUUGGCUACAAGCACAAUCUCCCGACAUAUUGCACAAGCUACACCAUUGUGCAACAGAUAUGGAUGCCUGGGGGAGAAAGAUCCGACUUCACUUUAGAGCCGCCGUUUCUGUUGUCGGCUCGGAGUGUUGCAUUCCAGUGGCGUUUCCCGUCAUCCUUUGGCAAGGCGAAAAGGCUGUCGCAGCAAUCCUCUAA